AUGAAUCCCCUACCGAGAUCUCCCUUCUAUCCGGUUCCUCCUCGACGAGAUCCACAGGAGGUUCGACGAGUCCGAUGCUCGCUUCGACCGGCUCUUCGCCAGGCUGCAGCAGCCCGCACGCGGACGCGCUCCUCCUCCUGCAACGACGACUCGGGCGCCGUCCCCGUCGAUGCGUUCGUCACCUCCACCGAACCCGACGCGCCGCUCAGCACUGACCAGAAGCUCGUCCGGUACGGCCCCGUCAACACCCCCGCCUCCGAGUCGCUCCGCCCCGCGUCCGAGAAGGGCUUCUCCAUCGCGCUCGACGACGCUCCGCCGAUGAGGGAGCCGCGGGAUGCCGUCGAGGAGCUCCGCAUCGGCGCCCUCAAGCUGAGCGACGUCCUGGAGGAGCGAGUCUGCGAGCUGGCUUCCUCCGACACGACCGCGCCUCCACCGCCGACGGCGCAGAACUCAGUGCCCGCUCCGCCCUCCGACCUUCUGGACGGCGUCGACGUUGGAGCGUCCGCGUGCACCAUCCCCGACGCUGCUAGCGUCGCCGACAUCUCCCUCGAGCUCGCGUCCGACGCCGAGGUGGUCCCGGACAACUGGGGAGGGCUGUUCGAGCAGCCUGCCCACGACCCGGAGGAGCGCGACCUCGACCUCUCCGCCAUCGAUGUCUUCGGCUCCGCCCAGAUCCGUAACGAGCACGGCCUCACCUCCACCGUCCCCGUCGCGCUACUCGACAUCGUCCACGAGCCCGCUCCAAUGCUCGACGCCGCGGAGAGUCCUCACCGCCUAGCCGCCGCGCUCGACGACAUCGUCGACCUCGACCGCCUCAGCCUCCUUCCAGAUGUGCUCCUCCGCGACAUCGUCUCUCGCCUCCCCAUCAAGGAUGCCGCGCGCACGGCGGUGCUUUCCCGCCGCUGGAGGCCUCUCUGCGCCUCCCCAUCCGUGUCGCUGGUGCAGAUGGAGGCGCAGCCCUUCUUCCUCGUCGCAUGCACCAAGCAGGAGCGGCGCCCCAUCAUCCGCGCCGAGGGGAUGGGUGCCAGCGGCCGCGUCUUCGUCGGCGUGAACAUACAGCGGCUCCACGAUGACCCCGGCCUUCUCCACUGCGUCUGCCUCGGCCCCGUCAUGUGUGUGCUCCGUGCCACCCCACUCGGUGGCUACGAUGGCUCCCUCGACGACGACCCGGAGUCCGGCGUCACCCACUUCGACGCGCCGCUCGACCGAGCCGUCGGUCGUGAUGGCCAGGCACCCCCUGUGGCUGCCACGCUCCGCCCCGAUGCUGUGGGGGCUGCAUGUGGUGGGCUGCUGGCUUGGGUGAUGGCUGCGAGGUCAGCGCAGGCCACAUGUUCGACGAUUUGCCCGGCCGGCGACAGCAGCUUCACCGACGUCCCCAUCGGCGCGCUCUGGGAGGAGGAGAUGCUCCGCUGGAGCAUGACCGGCGGCCUCGGCGACGUCCUCGGCGGCCUCCCGCCAGCCAUGGCCGCGAAAGGGUCCCACAGGAUGACACGUUGCUGA